AUGCUCUCCGACAGAGACGGCUCCUUCAGCCGGGAAGUCCUCCGCCUCCGCGCCGAUACCCCCCUCGGCCGCUACGUCCGCCUCUUCGACAUCCCCGGUACCCUCUCCGGCGACAUCCUCCGCCUCAACCGCAAUUUCCCUCCUUCCUGCCUACCCACCGGCCACUUCGAAAUAGAAGGUGAUACCAUCCGGCCCCUGGGGGAAGACACCUGCCCCGACCCCCCGGAGCCCUUAGAAGACGACUCGGAAGAUACCACCGACCUGAUCCGCCUCCUCCCCCUGAUCUCCAACCUCGACCCCACCAAACACUUCAUAAAAAAACCAAAAUACCGCUCCGAAAUCACCAACCUCCUCCGUCUCCAAGGCGGUUCCUGUCCUGGUACUAGAUGCUCCCCCCACAUCAUCCACCUCGGCGCGUCCGCAACAGGUGACCCCGUCUUCCAAAAGCUCGCCACCCGCGGCCUUACGCUUGCCCGCGCCUCGGCCCUGGCUACGUAUAAGCGCUGGCUGCUGGGUCUACUCGACGCCCUGGCUGUGUUGCACGCCGCGGGGAUUGUACACCGCGAUUUGCGCGUCGACAACCUGCUCUUUGCCCGAGAUGGUUCGGAGGACGAAGAGGAGGGCGAAGGAGGAGAGACAAGGCUGGUGGUGUGUGACCUAGAAGGACGCUGGGGACAGAGGGAUUCCGGGUGGAGUGAGAUGUCGGAUGUGUAUAAUGUGGCUGGGUGUAUCAAGGGGAUGGUGUAUGCUAAUGCGCCGCUUACGCCGCAGGUGGAGUGGCCUGUUCCGGAGCCGUUGGACCGGGUGGUGGAGGCGUGUAUGCGGGAGGUGCCGGGGGAGAGGCCGACGGUGGGGGAGUUGAGGGAGAUGGUGGAGGCUAUUCAGGUUGAUUGA